AAUUACCAAUAAACCUUGCCGAUCUCCUCCUGAUUGCAACCGAAAUAGAACUUGCGAAGGGAGGGAGGGAGAGAGAAGGGGAAUCACAAAUGUCCGGGCUCGUCCCCGGUGCAUUUAUUUGGAUACACGUAUGUGUACGAAAUGAAUGACUGAGUGAUUGUAGCGAUUGGAGUGAAAGCGCGGGGCUGCUGCUGCUGCUGCUCAGAAACACGGUACGUGUUGGGUUGAUUCCAACGGGAUAACACAUUGCUCUGUGAGAUGGAUCCCUGUGCGCCACUCUACUAGUUGGGGAAAUAUUGGAUCUGCGAUUUGUUAUCUGAAGGAGAUAAAGGCGGCUGACCGUGGCAAGCUGGAGGUCUGCACAAGCUGAACUAACUCUCUGGAGUUUGGGUGCUUGAAGAGGAUGAAAACAUUUUGUCUCAGAUGCAGGUGAUGGUGACAUACCGUGUCUGUGCAAUGUUCCUACGUGUGGGAUGAAGGGGCUCGAGGCUACGUUGAUUAUCUUCUCACUGGAACAGAUUCAAUCCUAGGAAUGCCGUUGCUCGCCUGCAUACUUGCACACAAUCUGCUACAGGUUCCAUACAAUGGGAGUUCCACGAUCCACCAUGAGUGAGAACACAGACGAGCAGAGCUUGUACAACAAUGCCUUGGCUUGGCUAAUCUGUUCGGGGCUUUCACUGCUAGCCAACACCUGGGGAAUCCUGAGCGUCAGCGCCAAGCAGAAGAAAUGGAAGCCACUGGAAUUCCUCAUCUGCACAUUGGCCGGUACACACAUUCUUAACGUGGGUAUCCCCAUCACCAUGUACUCAGUCAUCCAACUCAGGAGGCAACAUUCGGACUAUGAAUGGAACGAGGGGCUGUGCAAAGUGUUUGUCUCCACUUUCUAUACGCUGACCCUGGUGACAUGCUUCUCUGUGACCUCCCUGUCCUAUCACCGCAUGUGGAUGGUACGGUGGCCAGUCAAUUACAGGUUGAGUAACACCAAGAAGCAAGCUGUGCACACAGUGAUGGGAAUCUGGAUGGUAUCCUUUAUCCUAUCUACAUUGCCCGCAGUAGGCUGGCAUGACACCACAGAACGUUUCUACGCCAAGGACUGUCGUUUCAUUGUCACGGAGAUAGGCCUCGGUUUUGGGGUCUGUUUCCUGUUAUUGAUUAGUGGGAGUGUAGUGAUGGGUGUGGUAUGCAUUGGCAUUGCCCUCUUUCAAACUUUCACCAUUCAAGCUGGAAACAACGCCAACAAGAACAAAUUCAAUGUACCCACGAUAGUGGUGGAAGAUGCACAGGGUAACAGGAGGUCAUCCAUUGAUGGCUCUGAACCAUUAAAAACCUCUCUCCAGAUAACUUACUUAAUCAGUGGAAUAGUUUUUAUCUACGACUUUUUGACCGGAUUUCCCGUUUUGGUGGUGAGUUUUGCAAGCCUCAAGUAUGACACCUCUUAUACCUGGAUGGUGUUAUGUUUCCUAUGGUGUUCCAUAGUGCAGUCCAUUCUUCUGCCAUUGUUCCUUUGGGCUUGUGACCGCUACAGGGCUGAUGUAAAAAGUGUCUGGGAAAAAUGUGUAGCUAUCAUGUCCAAUGAUGAAAUAGAUGAAGAAAACAGUCAGGAUGGAGCAAUUCAUCCUGAAUCUUUCUAUGAAAGGCCCUAUGAUUAUAACUGCACCACUGAAAUCCUGACAGUGGAUCGCAUUGCCAAGUAUGACUUUUCAGCAUUGGAAAGGGGAGUACCACAGGUGUACCCAAUGAGAGAGAUGCAAGAGGAUAAGAUGCAGUAUUUACAGGUUCCUCCAACCAGACGCUACUCCCAUGAUGAGUCAGAUAUGUGGGCAACAAACCCAAUCCCUUCAUAUCUUCACAGAUGGGGGUCUUCAGAGGACAUCACAGGAGUACUGCACUACAGCUCCCCCAGGCACGAGAGGAGGCGAAGCAGCCUGCUCUCCCAAAAUGAUGAAUGUGCUUCUUUCCAUAAAAGAAGGAAGUCUGUGGAUAGCGUCUUAUCUCUAAAGCAGCAACCCAGGGAGGAAUAUUUUGCGGAUGACUUAAAAUGUUUCAGCCGCGAUGAAAUAAUAAAUUACAUCGACGAAUCUCCACUCCCUAGUCCAAUGAAGACCCCGCUGAGAUCAUCUUCCAUAUCCCUAAUCCCAGAAAAAUACGAACAGUAUUCAGUCGCGUUUUCCUAUUUUCCGCUAACCAAUUUUGAGAAGGAGCCUCAUGUUCUCCGUCGGUUAUCGGAGGGCAAGGAAUGCAUCUUCACAGGGGUCACUAGGCCCAAGGAAUAUUUGCCGAGUAUUUUUCCCAGUGACCCUACCACGGCUCAAAAGAACGCAGAGACCUGCAUUCAGGCUCAUGACAAUCUGGCCGCAAAUGUCAACCCCAGCAUUAAGGAGGAAGCCUCCAGGAACUGUCGGACAGAUCUAUGUGUCUCCUGGGACAAUCAGGAAAAACUCACCAAAGUGGAAAGCAAAGGGAGCACAAACAGUUUUUUAAGCUCGCCUUCUGCUUCUUCGGGCUACGUGACUUUUCACUCUGAUUCCAUCGGAUCUGCAUCCUAGGAGCGAGUCUAGAGCCUCCCCUGCCCCCAACCCCCUCAAAAAAAAAAACAAAAAAAAAUGGUGUUUCUACGUUUGUUUUGUACCACGGGAAUUUUAUAAUUCACCCACGAGGAAAUAAGUCAAGCACCAAAGAAUCAGGCAAAUAUCUUCAUGUCUUCUGAUGGUAGAAAAUCAAAUCUUUUAGAGGGUAGAGAGGGAAUUGUCUGGAAAAAUAUGACAUUAAGUAAUGUCUGCAUGUCAAUACUACUGACCCUUGCUUUCUAUUUUAUUAAAUUUUUAAAAGAAUAAUUUUUAAGAGGCAACAUUAAAAGCAGGUAUUCCUGCAGGACCGAGCGUGUUUGGUGCCAUUUAGGUUGUAGGUUGGGGGUUGGGUGGGGAGGGGAAGAGAAAGUGGUUCUUAGAUUGCUUAUAUUUUUUAAAACAUUCAAACUGUAAAAUGAUUUCUCCACUGGGGGUAAUUCCAGGUCAUGUCUGUCUAUUUAUGCACUUUGGGCAUUCGGUGUGUUCUGUUGGUAUUUUGUUACAGCUGAUGAUUUUCUUAACAAAUACAGGACAAUGAAAUUGUUUCUGGUAGAGUGGGGUGGGUGGAAGGGGAUAGAAGGUCACUUCUAUGAUUAUUUUUCCUGUGUAUUUUGCGUUUGUAAAAUUGGUGUCAUAUAUUGGCAGCGUUGCUGUUGCCUUGCAAAAAUGGACAUUGGUUUCUCUUGGUCCCCGUAAAGUUGUCCUAAAAUUUAAUAGUAACAAAUGUUUUCUUAACAGUAUUUGCAAUGGCCGUUGUCCUUGAACAGAACCAGGGCCUGUGUUGUUUAUAUUAAAAACCUACUUCAA